AUGGAGCAGGGCGCCUUUAACGAUGUCGCCAAGAAGGCACUGGAGUUCCGUAACAGGUACUAUAAAAUGCUGGACGACCCUCAGGACCGCCUAAACGUGGCGGGCCUGUACGCCCCCGACGUGCCAAUGGUGUGCGAGUGGAACGGACACCCGCUCGCCACGGUGGACGACGUGCGUAACUACAUUGGUGCUCUGCCAAAGACGUGGCACCAGAUCGACAUGGUGGACGCGCAACCACUACCCGACAACCAAGACGGCGACUCCUUCCUGCUCACGGUCCACGGUACGGUCACAUACAACGACGAGCACCGCCGGGAGUUCUACCAGCGCAUGGUCAUUCGCCGCCUCGAGCAGCGCUACUACAUCCUGAACGACUACUACCGCUGGCUGAGCGAGCGCUCGCAGUGA